AUGGCCUUCAAACAAAUCAAAACAAUUCUUGUUUUAACUUUAUUAUUGAUUAUUAUUGAUCAAUGUUUAUCGAAAGAGAGAAAAUCAUCUAAACGAACAAAAGAUGGUUUUCAUCAAAGAAAUAUGAAAUCUGAUUUAUUCAAAAGAUUCAAAUUGGCUCAACGCGAUGGUGACGUGACUUGUCCUUCACCUUAUAUACGAGAUAUUGAUGUUUGUACAUGUAGUUAUCUCAUAAAAGAUGAAGAUAUUGAUGGUUAUGGCAAAUAUGCUGUUACAAUUGAUAAUUAUAAUGCUGUUAUACGUGAUGGUGACGGUGCAAAGAAAGUUGGUGGUACUUGUGGUCCAACUUGUCCUGAAGGUUACAAAUAUAUGCAUACUACUGAUCGUGAUUGGACGAAAUACUAUACUGGUUAUGGUGAUAAUACUGAAUCUAAAGAAUAUGUUCGAAUGUAUAAUUUUCCUGCCGUUGAUCCAAAUGCUGCUGAUCCAUAUUAUUUUCUUCCUUUUUAUACAAUUAGAGAUACUUAUAUUUCUGUUCCGUAUUCACCGUGGAUGAUUCGUCCAGACUAUUCCAAAAGAAUUGCUUUUCGUGUAUGCCAAAAAUUAUAA